CCUUUGUUUGUCUCUAGCAUGUCGCCAUUCCAUCGCAGAACCGCUCAAAUUCUCAGCCUUUUAAGUUUGGUCAUUGACUUCAUUCGAGUUCCAGAGAAAGCGCGACUUCUCUCCGUUGCAGUUCUUCAACUUGAGCUACACCACACCGCCAACCCCCCCCCCCCCAAAAAAAAAAAAAAAAAAAAAAAAAAAAGAAAUCAUGGCUUCGUCCGUUUUCCACCAGGCUCGCCCUCCCAGUCCGCCGGUACCGCUUCCUUGCGUCCCGGGUCCCAAAUUAGCCCCCUUUACCCGGAAUGCUUACGCCGAUAUUGAGUUCAUCAAGUUUCUUGGUCGCGAGAACGACGUGGACUCUCUGGUCUGGAAGGUCAAAAUCAACAAAGCUGGGCCCUUUGCCCUCAAGUUAUUUUACUUCUGGCACUGGAACUUUCUCCGCAAGAACCAGGGCGGUGACCUCACGAGGCCGCUCGCCGGCCCGCAGCUCUAUGUCGACUACUUUGACCCGUUCAACUGUGAGUGCCGUGCCUAUGGCCGACUCAAGGAGGAAAAGCGCGAGGAUCUGGCCGUCAGGGCCCUCGGCUAUCUCCUUCUCACCCCCCAGCAGGAAAUCGACUUGGCCCGGAGGGUCAUCGGUCGGUCCACGCCGCCCCCCUCCGCCAACGCCGCCACUCUGGAUGGCGACAAUUUCUGGGGGCGGCACGAGCAGCAUCGCGGAUUGCCCGUCCGGGCCAUCGUCAAGGACCUCGUCGCCAGCAAGGCUCCCGACCCCGCGCAGGCCGCGGGCCCGUGGGUGGACCUGCAAGCCCUCCACUCGCUGGGCAUAUUCGUGAAGGACACGCACGGCGGCAACUACCUAAACGGGAAGCUCGCCGACUUCAGCCGCUCGUGGACCAUGUACCACCCGGCCUUGGACCAAAUCGGCGCCCGCAAACUAAGAAGCCUGAUGCUGGACGAGCUGCAGCAACUGCUGGACUAUUACUACGACGGGGCGGACGAUUCGACAGUCAUCCCUCAAGACCUUGAGGCUUUCUGUUCGGGAUACCUUGACCGGUAUAGGAAUUUUCCGAAGGCGUACAACUGGCUCAAAUGGGAGAAGAACGCCGACGCGGCAAAGGCGUACGUGGAACAAGGGCUGUUUGAGAGGGGGGCUCACUGACAUCCAGGCGCUGCCGUGGACGUUUUGUAAUACAAGAUUAUCUAGAGGAUAUCGGGAGCAUAGCGGCUGGACAUUUAUUCAUCGUGGAGUUUACGUGGAACCCUUGUACGCAUCCUAGACAAAAUGACCAUACACCUGAAACCUGGCAGAGCAAGUCACCAGCAGUUUCACCAGAGGACGGGAAGGUCCGGGUAGAGGAAAUGGCAGGUCAAGGACGAAUUCAAAUUUCUUUCUGUGUUCCUCCUAGGUACUGUAGCUCUGUGCGUAGUGAUAAUCUCUUCUAAGCCGAGUUAAGCGUCGCGGUAAUCG